GAUCAGACUGAUUUACCUAUUUGCGAAGGGAUUUCGAAAUCUAAGCAAAUUUCGAACUUUAAAACUAAUGUUUUAAGCAAAAUGUAAGGAAAAGAAUCUUUUUUAUCACAUAGAGCAUCUACGAUUUAUAUCACACAAAAUUCUUGAUGGGAAACCUAUAACGAAUUGUGGCAUUUGUGAAAGCGCAUUGAAUUUUCUCAACAACCGGUUGUGGGCAGUGACAAUUGAGCUCAGUUCCUGGAUUACACCGUACUCGCUGUUCACUACGAUGUAAAUUACUAUGGACAUGUAUCUGUUAGUUAAACUUCGCCUUACGAGGCUGUUAUCAGAAAGGCUACACCCUAUUCGUGUUUAAUUAACUAUUGUAAUUUAAUUCCGGCUUAAAAUUAAUGUGACAUGCAAACUCCUUGUUUAUUCCAAAGUGCAUUUGCAUUCGAUCGCUACUGGUAAUCGAUGCAUUUUCGAUUCGAAAUGCUUUUAUUGAGACUGUACCAUAAUAACACAGAGUUCUUAAAUGAUUUAUGUCCCCAAGUCGACCAGGAUUCCAUGUUAUUAUACUAUUAUCUUCCUUAUUUAAAGCCCUGCCACCUGACAGGCAAUUCUCGGUAAAUUUCUACCCUACCAUUACUAUAGCGUUGAUAGAAUCAUUGCCGUUCUUUAACAACCUAUCUUAUAACUUGUCAAGCUUAAACUUUAAUUUCAAACUCGCUCCCGGUGGUUUGAAUAAUAAUAAAGCCAGUAUCGGGUACCGCUAUGUCGUGGGCAGGUUGCCUAGGGAUGAAUGGGCAUCGGAAAUAAGCACUAUUAUUGUGAAAGAACAUUUCAAAUGGUCACGUCGAUCAAGAGUCGUAACAAAUCAUAACAUAUUGUAGUGUGUAUUAAGUCUUCGUGUCGUGCAGUAACAUAUGAUUGUUAUUUUUCAUAACAUCAUUCAUAACAACGGAACAGAUUCGAGUAACAUGUUUGAUAACGCCGUUUUACUCGGUACAAUUUUGGCGACUGAUUUAGUAUUUGGUUCCUUAAGUAUUGAUCAUUUAUGAGUUGUGUGAUCGUAUCGUGAUAGAACAAUGUAAUGAGAUAGAUGUGAUGACAGGCAAGCUAGUUUUAGCGACUUCGAGGAACACGAUAAGGUCGGCGAGAGAUGAGACAUGCGGCUGCCGAUGCCGUGGGUGUGACCAGAACAGUCCAUUGCCAAAUAACACGUAAUAAGCAUGGGGACCAUGCCCUAUAUGUUUACAAAUCGUUGAAAGUAUCUUCUGAUGAGUGAAGAACGAAGGUACUAUAUGUACGAGUAUAUUGGACAGUGCCAAGCGCGUGAUCUCCACCUAUUUAUACCAAACGUUAAACUGACGUCUGGAUGCGUCUGCGCACUAUUUUAGUACACAAAGUGAAAGUCACGACUCAAAUAACGUGGUCGAGGAUGGUCCCGCCUCUGUAAUAAUAAUCGUAUUAUUUAACAGUUUUACUUCAUUCACGACUUCGGUUAUUAUAAUGGUUGCCAUGACAACGAACGCGCGUCUCUUGAAAUACCUACACGUUUGGCUCAAACACGAGACUAUUUUUUCCGCAAUCUAUUAUAUUAUUUUUUGUUUGAAGGACAGGUUACGACAUUUGUUACUUUAAAUAAGUCACUGGAUGCUGUCAAUAACGUUUUUCGUUUUGUCACUAUUUUAAUUUAUGUUCCUCUUAGCAGAUGAAUUAGAGGUUUCGUCCUCCUGAAUCGAAUAUUCUAUAGAAAAACUAGUGAAUACUAUUUUAUAACGUUCAAACAAGUUUUGGAAUCGAUUCAAAAUCAUAUUUUAAUUGAUUAAUCAAUCAUCGAUAAAAAUUCAAAUACGUCUAUUUCUUUUGGCUAAUAGCCAGUACUGGCCAGUAUCGAUAUGAUAACGUCACGAAACCAUCAUAUCUGUUUCUGACGAUAUAAUAAUGAUAAAAAAUAAAUCGAGAUAUGGUACAGCCCGCAAUUGUCGGCGUUGGGAGCGACUAAUCAAGUAUUGUUAGAGUGAUAAGGUUGAGAGGCAGUCGUUGCCGGUGCGUAUUGUUUCAUGGAACGGUUGCUGUGGUGAAGUGACGUGAUGGCAACACACACGAACAAGAUGACCGCUAUUCGCCCUCUGCCGCUCACACUUUCGGUCAACCUGUUUAAUUGGUGCCUGACAUGUUUACGCUAAUAGCUGUUAAUUUUUAUAUUUCUUUAAAAUAUGACGCAGAUGAGCGGAGAUCGCGCCGGGUCGCAGUGUGGUCUGACCUCGCUGCUGCCGAUGUCGUGCGGCAGACGAGCCGCAGCGUUCGCGCGCGACCUGCACUCGCGCCUCAGCAACCUUGGCGGUGCGCACGACGACCACUGCGAGAACAGCUGGUUGACGCGUGACAAUACCGCCUCGCACAGGCCCACCACAUCAAACAACCAGAGAGAACUCGACACAUUCUACGACUUCGAGCUAGAGUGUGAGAGCCCAUCCAGCCCCGUCGACGACUACGAACCCGCUUUUCCAGAAAGGUCACCCACCGAAGAUCAAGAUCAACCUUUCUAUGAUAUCGAUUCUGAACCAGAACUAUCUAAGGAACAAAAUAAGUUAGUACAGCCAGCGGACAAACCCAAAAAUGGUUUUACAUUUUCUACUGCUUUUUAUACAGAUUGUUCUCCAGUAAAACUGCAACCGAUUCCACGUGAAAAUGGACAUGCAUCUGAUAAAAGGUUAUAUUCUGCGAUCACAUUUGAGGGUUGUGCGCGACAAAAUAGCUUCGAUGAAGUGGACUGUGCUGCCAAACCUAUCGCUGCUUUAGAUACAGACCGUUUUAGUUUACCAAGCUUCCAAUGUGCCACAUUAGAUAGUGACUCGGAAUUUGAAUCUGCCAAAAGCGACCCCUCUGAUGUUGUCGAAGUCGAGGAAGAUUUUCAUAAUGAAAGAAUUACACAACUUAGUGCACCAGAGUUCCUGGAAAACUUAUCACUUUCGGAGGUCGAAAUACCGCUUGAUGAGGAAACACCGGCGGAAACAUCUCCCCCAAUCAUUUCGGAACUUGAAGCAGCUGUAUGCAACGAAUUAAGUAAGAAACCUUUAGAAAUAAUCACCAGUGAUGUUCCUAUUGAUGCAGAAUUAUCUCCAGCACCGGAAAUUGAGCCGUCCCUUUUAAGUGCAGAGGUGGAGGAUACAGGCGACAAACAAAAUGAUACGGAAAUAGAAGAUGAUAGGCCUCAACGUGUUCGGCGCUGUUCAUCACUUAAAACAGGAAAAACGCCACCCGGCACCCCCGGCCGAAAGAAAAUAGUCCGCUUUGCUGAUGUUUUGGGGCUAGACUUGGCGGAUGUAAAAACUUUCAUGGAUGAAAUUCCCGUUAUUCCUAAAUCCGCCUACGAUGAUCUUACUGGCUGUGACGUACAAAGCUCUCCACCGGUCAAAAGUCAGCCGCGACUCGGUGCUCUUACACUUGUGCCCUUGUUCCAGCUACCAGCAGAGAUAACGGAUAAACUGGAAACACAAAACGUUUGUCUAGAAAGCGCACGAGUUUGCGACGGCGUGCAUGUCACAGUGUGCGGCUCCGUUCGCGUUCGAAACUUGGACUUUCACAAGACUGUGCACAUACGCUACACAAUGAACAGGUGGAAAACCUACACUGACUUGCAGGCGACGUACGUGCAAGGUUCUUGCGACGGGUUCUCUGACCGGUUCCAGUUUGUGCUUUACGCACCAGCGAUAUCGUCGGGGCAGCGGCUCGAGCUGGCGGUGCGGUUCCUUUGCAAAGGCCAACAGUUCUGGGACAGCAACAGCGGUGGCAACUACUGCUUCGACUGCCUGGCGCUGGGCAUAGUGCAGCAGCCGGGCAGUGGGGCGGCGGCGGGCCCGCUGCACCCGACGGUGGACUGGCACCCGUCGUUCUACUGAGCGCGCGCGGCCGCCGCGAGGUGUCAGUGUGGGGGCGCCCGCCGGGCGAACACAUUCCUGUGCGAGCGGGCCGCGCGCCCGACCCGAGCUCCUGCUCGAUGAGGCUUCACGUUGUAAAGCGUACUUGUGAUAUAAUUAGACUAGGCGUAGAUAUUGUAAUCCGACGAGUGAGCUACUCGUUCUCAGAGUGCCAUUUUGCAGUAACGACGUUUCGAGUUAUAUAUUUUAUCGAAUUUUUCGUUUUGUACUAUGUUAAUUGUAGAGUAGCGUCCCGUAGGACAAUAAAAUGUGAUGAUUGUGCAGUGAGCGCGGCCGUGCCUCUUCUCCUUGUACAUAUAAGAGAGACGAAUUCUGAAUGAUAUUAAUUAAUAUUUUAAUACAAUUUUUAUGACAUUAUUAGACCUUUGUAAUUGUUAAUGUCGAAAUAGAAGUAUCACCUAGAUAGCAUGAUUUUAUUCACAUAACAUCAAUUUUGAACUAUAGUUAAAAUGAAUAUAAUGUAUAGUACUAGCGUCAGAGGUGAGUGUGGUGUCAACACCACUCUCCUCAUGUCGUUAUAAAGUGUCUGGAAUUGUUACAUGUAGUAGCUAUGAAGCAAUAAUUAUUGAAAGUUGAAGUUUCAGAUGAGCCUAUCAUUAAUAUUGAAUAUGCGAUUAAUGAAUAAUGUUACUAAAAUAUUUUAUAUCGGUGUUGUAAUCUGGAUAUAUUUAUAUUUUAUAUUUUUAUAAUUACGGUAUCAUGACAUACUUCCUACAAGAGAACUGAUAAAUAAUAGCCAAUUGUUGAUUCAGUUAUGAGAUUUUAUCAAUGAGACUAUUAGAAAUUACGAAAUUAAAUUAUUGUUACUUUUAAGCGAUAUUAUAAUUUAUUUAUUAGGCCGAUGUUUUGUCUAUUUUGUAUAUGUACCUGAAUUCUUAAAAUGUGGCCAUAUUAAUUAUACACAGUUUGAAUGCUACCCUUAUGAACUCUUAUUGUUAUUCUUAUAAUUGACUCCUGUUUUAUAUUAAAUACAUACCUAAUAAAUUAAUGUGCAUAAUUAUCAAUAA